UCUCUUUCUCUUUCCUCCUGCCAGGCACCCAAAAAGAAGGGCGAGAAGAAAGCAGGGGGUGGCAAAAAGGGCAAGGCGAAAGGCCCAGCGGUGGUGGAUGCCCUGCCUCCGGAAGGCAUGACCAAAGAACAGCUGGAAGACCACAUUGGGCGGGUUCGGGAGGAGCUAGACCGUGAGCGAGAGGAGCGCAACUACUUCCAGCUGGAACGAGACAAGAUCCACACCUUCUGGGAAAUCACUCGACGGCAGCUGGAUGAGAAGAAGGCAGAACUGCGCAACAAGGACAGGGAAAUGGAGGAGGCUGAAGAGCGCCACCAAGUGGAGAUAAAAGUUUACAAACAGAAGGUUAAGCACCUGUUAUACGAGCACCAAAAUAACAUCACGGAGCUGAAGGCAGAGGGGACGGUGACUAUGAAGCUGGCCCAGAAGGACCACCGAUCCCAGGAGAUGGAGCUGCGCAAGGACAUGCGCUCUCUCAAGGUGGAGCUGAAGGAGCAGGAGCUGGCUAACGAGAUGGUGGUGAAGAACCUUCGGCUGAAACAACAAGAGGAGAUCACACGGCUGCGGAAUGACUUUGAGAGACAAGUGAAAGAGAUCGAGGCCAAAUACGAGAAGAAGAUGCGAGUGCUGCACGAUGAGCUUGACCUGCGCAGGAAGACGGAAAUCCACGAGAUCGAGGAGAGGAAGAAUGGGCAGAUCAACACCCUGAUGAAGAACCAUGAGAAGGCCUUCAGCGACAUCAAGAACUACUACAACGACGUCACUCUGAACAACCUGGCACUCAUUAACACCCUGAAGGAGCAGAUGGAGGAGAUGAAGAAGAAGGAGGACCACCUGGAGAAGGAGAUGGCCGAAGUCCUCCUGCAGAACAAGAGGCUGAUCGAGCCGCUGCAGCGAGCCCGGGAGGAGGUGGCUGAGCUGCAGAGGAAGCUGGCCCACUACGAGAAGGACAAGAGGAUGCUGGCGAGCAUACGGGCCCGCCUAAAAGUCGCCGAGAAGGACCUGAAGGAUCUGCAGUGGGAGCAUGAAGUCCUGCAGCAGAGGUUCAGCAAGGUGCAGGAGGAGCGAGAUGACCUGUACCAGAAAUUCACCAAAGCCAUUAACGAAGUGCAACAGAAAACAGGCUUCAAGAACCUGCUACUGGAGCGGAAGCUUCUUGCUCUCAACAACGCCCUGGAGAAGAAGGAGGUGCAGCUGAACGAAGUGCUGGCCGCCUCCAACCUUGAUCCCAGUGCCCUGACCGUGGUCACUCGCAAGCUGGAGGAUGUGCUUGAUUCCAAAAACAAUGCCAUCAAGGACCUGCAGUACGAGCUGGCCAGAGUGUGUAAGGCACACAACGAUCUAUUGCGGACCUACGAGGCCAAACUCACCACCUUUGGGAUCCCCUUGGACAAUCUGGGGUUCAAGCCCUUGGAGACCUCCGUGCUCGGCCACACCUUGGGCCAGGGUCCGGCUGGGUUUGUCUCAACCCCAACGUAGCUGAACUUGACCAUGUG